UUAUUUAUAACAUAUUUAAAAUUAUAAUUAAUUUAUAUUCUUGAAAUGUUAAAGAUGAUUAAGAAAUACCAUGAUUACAAUUAUAAAUUAACAUCGUUUGUUAAAGUGUUAGCAUUUUGAAUGAACUAGUUUUAUAGUAUAGUAUGGUUAGAGCAUGUUUCGUAUUAUUCACUAUUGCAGUUGUGUAUCACUGAUCACGGAAUAGAACAUUUCCUAUUUUUUAUUUAUUCAAUUUUAAUGUACAAAAACAUAUAUAAAUCGCAAUAAAAUCAAAAUUUAUUUUCUUGUUUUUUUUGAAAAACAAUUAUUUUUAUAUUAAAAAUUUAAUAUAUUAAAAUUUUAUCUUAUAUUCGCGAUCAAUUGCCACGUAUACAAGUGCAUUCAUAAAUAUAUAUAUAUUUACGAAGUCAAAGAUAUAAUAUAGUUAUGUCAAACGAAACUCCAAAUAAACGUAUGAUGACGACUUGUAGCAAUGUAUCAGAGCAAGCACAUCAUGUAUCAAGAGCAAAACGUGGACAAGCAAUAGGCAGUAUAAGAGGUUUUCGAGGAUGUACAGUUUGGUUAACAGGCCUUUCUGGUGCAGGAAAAACUUCCAUAGCUUUUCAAGUUGAAGCUAUUUUAGUUAAUCAUGGAAUUGCUGCUUAUGGACUUGAUGGAGAUAAUGUAAGAAGUGGUUUAAACUGCAAUCUUGGUUUUAGCAAAGAAGAUAGAAAAGAAAAUAUAAGAAGAGUUGCAGAAGUAGCAAAAUUAUUUGCCGAUAGUGGUCAAAUUUGUUUAUGUAGUUUUGUAUCGCCAUUUGAAGAAGAUAGACAAAUGGCAAGACAAAUUCAUAAAAUGUCGGAUCUUCCAUUUUUUGAAAUUUUUGUUGAUACACCUCUUAAUGUAUGUGAAGCUAGGGAUACAAAAGGAUUAUAUAAAAAAGCACGUGAAGGCACAAUCAAAGGUUUUACUGGAAUAGAUCAGAUGUAUGAAAGACCAACAAAUCCUGAUUUAGUGGUAAUCACUGAAAACUGUACUCCAGAAGAAUCAGCUGCAACUGUUAUUGAUCUUCUGGAGAAACAUUGUAUUAUACCAAUACUUCAAAAACCCUCUAUACCAAUACGGGAGUUGUUCAUUCCAGAAUCACGAAUAUCUUCUGCCAAAACAGAAGCAGCUACUCUUCAGAGUUUAGAAAUUAGUGAAAUAGAUGUACAAUGGCUCCAAGUUUUAGCAGAAGGUUGGGCAGCACCUCUUACUGGUUUUAUGAGAGAACAUCAAUAUCUUCAGACUCAACAUUUAAAAUGUCUUCUUGAAGAUGAUAAAGAAAUUAACCAAUCAGUUCCCAUAGUCCUUGCAGUACAUGCAGAGGAUAAGCAACGUUUGAAUGGGCUUUCAGCUUUUACAUUGAAAUAUAAAUAUAAACCUCUUGCAAUAUUACGUAGGCCUGAAUUUUAUUUUCACAGAAAAGAAGAAAGAUGUGGUUGGCAAUUUGGUACUAAUAAUUUAGGACAUCCAUAUGUAAAAAUAAUUCAUGAAUCUGGCGAUUGGUUAGUAGGUGGUGAUAUAGAAGUUAUUCAAAGGAUUAGAUGGCAUGAUGGUCUAGAUAAAUAUAGACUUACUCCAAAUGAAAUUAGAACAAAAUGUAGAAAAAUGAAAGCUGAUGCUGUAUUUGCAUUUCAACUUAGAAAUCCUAUACAUAAUGGUCAUGCAUUAUUAAUGCAAGAUACAAAAAAACGCUUAUUAGAAGAUAGAGGAUUUAAAAAUCCUGUUUUAUUGUUGCAUCCUCUGGGUGGUUGGACAAAAGAUGAUGAUGUACCAUUACAUACAAGAAUUCUACAACAUGAAGCUGUACUUAAUGAAGGAGUAUUGGAUGCUAGUUCUACAUUGUUAGCAAUUUUUCCAAGUCCAAUGAUGUAUGCAGGACCAAUUGAGGUAAAU